CGUGGAAGGCUCUCGCGACAAAAAUUCGUCAGGAUUUGAUAGUACUGCAUCGCGGUGAGUUGGACACGGCAUCAGAGAUGGAUAUGGAGUGAAUGUAAGUAUCAUAAAGGUCUGCGUCGAGCUGCCUUACUCUGCGUAUGUACGUGACAAUAGUUCCCAUGCGGCCUUCGAGACGGCACGAUCAUCUAGACUACAGGCGCCAUUGCCGAUCUGAGUAUGAACAGGAGUUGAGGGCAGUCUGUCUACCUAGCUUCGGUGGAGGAAGGUGCCUUCGCCGUCUGUUUGUCUUCGAUAAGCAAACGCCUGUAUCUACACUCUCCUUCUUCAGCUCUACCACUCAACACCUCAGACCUCUACCACUCAACACCUCGGACCUUUAGCACACUCACACUAUAUCACCAAAAUGGUCAACAGCCACAACCCAGGUCUCUUGAUGUGGCUACUGCUUAUCGUACCGCUCAAGGAACCUUGCUGGCCUCAUUGCUCAAAGAUCUGCUACCAUGUGAUGGGGCUCCGCAGUGGUCUUCGUGUCUGCUUGCUAGCUUACCUCAGUCUUUCGGUUCUACCCUCCAGCUACCGUUUCCGCGCCUCGCCACAAACCGGUCUAUCAUGGCUUUUGAUUGGCGCCGGUAUCCAUACCAUCCUUCACGUGGCAAUGAUCACAGAGGCUUGUCGGCUUCCAGAACUAUCGGAUCCGGGCACAUAUCACGACCUCUUGCUUGAGUAUUUUGUGUCAGACUUCUUCUUUCUACUCUCGGUCCGCGAAUUGUUCAAGAUCUUCCACCUCGUUCCGGGCCCGUGUCUGGCAAAGUUCACUUUCUUUUGGAAAGGACGGCAUCUUGCUAGAGGCAGCUACGAGCGAGCUCUGCUUAGAGCUCAUCAAGCUCAUGGAAUCGUCGUACGUGUGGCCCCCUACGCAUACUCGGUUGCCAGACCGAGUCUGACGCUCGAGCUUCAACACAAGCUACAUCUUAUCUACCCUUCCAAACCACAUCUUGCUUUACCUCACGUCUUCAAAGACGCCUACAUGCGUUACGGGAUGUCGGAGCAGUUGAUGAGUCAAGCCGCAAACAAUGAGCUUGUCAUCGAUGCCAGUGAGAUCAUGGGCACUGCCACUAUGGGGCAACGUUUCAGCUUCGUAGACAGUACCGCAGCUGGCAAUUUGGCGGACAAGCUUGCAGACUUAGGAACUGAGUCUUCUUGUGAUGCUGGGUCUCGUUGUUCAAGACAACAAUGCUUCAAGGCCACUCGGGCAGCGAGAAACAGGACGACGCUACUACAAAGGCUAUGCAAGUUUUUCAACGAGAAAUCACACUUUUUGCAGACCCAUUACGGAGUCAGGAGCAGCUCUGAAUACUAUCACCAUAGUAUUCUAUCAUUCUUCGUCGGUGCAGCCGACCCAAUUGCUACACACCUUCAGACUGUUGUCGCAUAUCUCGCAUACGAUUCGAAUUCACAAGCCCGCAUCAAGGACGAGAUGCGAUCAUGCUUCAGUGGUCACCCCUUCACCUUCGAGGACUUGUUGAACACGAAAUCAACACUCCCUUAUCUUGAUGCAAUACUACGCGAAGCAGACAGAUUGGCCGCUUCAGAGAAGCUUGUCCUAGGCUACUAUGCUGAUGAGUCAGUUGUGUCUUCUAUCUAUCUCGCAAGGCUUGCUGCUAGUCGUCUGAACCCUGCGGUCGGCGACAACUGCGAUGGCUGGAAUCCCGACAAAUGGCUCAAUGGAACUGACAUGCCCUGCAAAAGCUAUUUACCCUGCACCACUCUUCCUUACAGCAAUCCCAUUUUUCGGGAAAUCCUUGCAAAGAUCAUACUCCGACUCAUCCAGCAAUUCCAAAUCACUAUCAACAACAUGUCUUCUAUCACACCCACCAUCGUCUUCUUGUCUGCUGAAGACCUUGAACAGAUGCUUGUCUGUAUCAAGUCACCCGCUCUGUCUAAGAAGCUCUCCGCCAUCAACAACCCCAGUGGAGCAGCUCUCAUUACCGCCGAUCCCAAGGCUGCCGACCGUCUCCUUGCCGUCUUCGAGGGUGAUGCCAAGGAUAUGCUCUCUCGCUACAUCAAGAACCCUGAUCAAGUGUCCAAGUUCACCCCCAUCAAGUCCGUGGCCUUGGAACGUGACCAACGCAGAGAGAUCCACCAACUCGUCCGUCAAUUCUCCAAGGGCAAGCUUGAUUCUGGUCUCGACAACAAGACCUCUCGCAUUGAAGUCUUCUUGAGAGGCUCAGCAUCUGAGUACCACAAGCAAGAGAGCCGAGACACCAGCCACCCUCGUCAGCAGGGCCCUAAGCAGCAGCGUGGUCCAGCCAGACCAUCUCCCUACCUCAAAAACAACAAGACUCAACCUGCCACGAAUCGCGCAGCCCUCGCCACUAGAGGUGUCGCCCCUCGCACAGCUCCUUCAGUCACCCUCACCCCUGAACAGAAGGCAAGAACAGCUGUUUGGCUCAAGGAGGCUGACCAGCUUGAGGCCGACAACAAGGCAGCUUGGGCCAAGGUCGCCGCUGAUGCUCGCAACGCCCCUGCUUUCGAGUUCAAGUCGGCCGAUUAUUCUGGCAUCGAGGUCAGUUUCAAGCUCAUCGGCGAGAGCAAGCCCAAGCCAACUGCUCAGGAGACAGCUCAAAGCUUGGAGCACAAGAAGAAGGCCCUGCCUCCUCACAAGCGGGGUGCUGCAGCUCAGGAGGAGUAAAGGGGAUGAUUAAAUUGAAUGACGGCAUGGUUUUGGUGUUCUUUUUUCUCUUUUGUUCAUACUGGGAUGGAGUUUGGAGUUUGCUUUUUUCUGUUUUCCUCUGCAUUAUACCCCUGGAUCACAAUUGCUCUGUUCUCUCGAUUCAAAUGUCUCAUUCCCGAAUAUGAUUGUGCAUUACUGCAGCUUGUGUACUCACUAACUGCUGUAGCAGGAGACGGACGGAGAUGUGUGAGACCUGAACCAAUCACUCCAUUGUGCCCUUGUAGACGCUCCC